AUGGCAAAAGGUAGCUCAAGUUCCGCUAAAAGUAAGAAGUUAGCAAGCGCUCCCGCUCAUCCCAAAUAUGAAGACAUGAUUCGAGAAAGAAGAACCGAGGAAACACUUUUAAAUGUGUUUCUCUUGACGAACGCAAUCGUUGCUUUGAAAGAACGUAAAGGAAGCAGCCGUCAAGCCAUCAAGAAAUACAUCUUGACCACAUACAAACUUCCUGACAACAACAUAACAAACAACCGUCUCCGAUUGGCCAUCAACAAAGGUGUUGAAAAAGGAGUUUUCUCUUUUCCCAAUGCACCAGUUAGAAAGGCAGCAGUUACCGCUUCAACUAGAAAGGCGGCAGCCAAACCAAAGAAAGCUGCGACCACCACUUCGAAGAGGACCAAAGCCUCCACAACCAAGAAAGCUGCGGAAAAGAAAACUGGAACCAGAAGGAGGGCAGCUGCAUCUUCUUAA